CUCUCUCAACAGUUCGUGGUUUUCUUUAAUCCUUCUUUCAGGACAAAAAAAAUGAACCUAAAGUCCCAUGAAAAAGAUCUGAGCAGUAGCAUCGAUGGCGGAUCGACAAGGUUUGAGGAACAAAACUUCAUAACCCCGACAUCUGGUCCAUCGUCAUCAAAUUCUCUCACCGAGCUCUCUCUCUCUAGAAAUUUUCUCCAACACCCGGCCGAUGAACCAAACAAGAACAAAGUCUCAGCCUUUGAGAUUAAUAGUGAUGAAUCACAAGACGAGGGCAGGAGAGAGAAGAAAGGCAGAAACGCAACACAGAGAAAAGUUUGUGCGAGAGGACAUUGGAGACCGUCCGAAGACGCCAAGCUCAAGGAGCUUGUUUCCCAGUUCGGUCCCCAGAACUGGAACUCUAUUGCUCAACACCUUGUCGGCAGAUCAGGCAAAAGCUGUAGACUGAGAUGGUUCAACCAACUAGAUCCGAGAAUAAACAAGAGGGCUUUCACAGAAGAAGAGGAAGAGAAGCUCAUGUGGGCUCAUGGAGCGUUCGGGAACAAGUGGGCGACGAUCGCAAGGCUCUUCCCCGGUCGGACCGACAAUGCCGUCAAGAACCACUGGCACGUCAUCGUGGCCCGUAAGCUCCGGUCCUCCUCGGAAAACCCUGAAACGACGGUUUUGCCCUCGACGGGUGGCGGCGGGGAUGGGGUCACGAGGGGUAGUUUGGUAAAUGGAGAGGGUACUGAAUCAAUGGCACUGAGCACAAGCAACGACAACGAGUCUGCGGCCUCUACUUGUACGGCCACCGAUCUAUCUCUUUCGCCUCCCCGUUUGUGGUUUUCCGAGAAUGUCCUCGAUCCAGGCGAGGAUCAGAGGGCGGUGGGAGACGUUCACUUCGGUAAACCGAUGGACCGUCGGAAUCAAAUCCGUCACGGACACGAAGUGGGUCGUCGUCACUCGUCGGAUUCAGAUCUUUUCCUCGACGGCUCGUUCGCUGAGAUGCACCGCAAGAAGAAGGAGAUGAUCAUCCGCUCUCGCUUUUUCGAUUUUCUUGGCGUUGGGGCUUCUUCAUGAGUAGGCUUCACCGCAAUGAUAAUAAUAAUAAUAAUAAUUAAAAAAAAAACAGAAUAAGAGGGUUUC